UUUGAUGGUGUUAUCACAGCCACCCAUGAAACACAGGUAGGAUUUGGACAACAGGAAAUGCUGAUCACCGAGAGGGGCAUCGUCCCCAACAUCUGUUCUUAUCUGUUUCUGAAGAAAAAUGGCAGAAAAUCAGGAACCACUGAAGUACUGGCUCAAAAGAGGGAUUUGGGCGAGAAUUCAAGGAAGCAACAGGGACCCAUUUUCCCAUUGAGAUUUUCGAACGCAAUUCUUGCUCAAUCUGCUGUUGCUGUGCUGGGAUUGGGAUUCAUCGAUGCCGGGUACAGUGGAGAUUGGUCAAGGAUUGGAGUGAUUUCGAAAGAAGCUGAGGAUUUGCUAAAGCUUGCAGCAUUUGUUGUAGUCCCAUUGUGCCUUCUUCUAAUACUUAAUUUUUCCAAGAAGCAUGAGGCUUGAGAUCAGUUGAAACUUGGUACCAUGUACAACAUUGGCUAGCUCUACUGCAACAUAAUUUGUUGCAAUCCCACAUAAUUUGGUGUUUAUUCGUGGAUUUUCGUCGUAUUUGUUUUGAGAAAUUUAAGCCAAAUAAUGAAUUCAAAA